UAGUCGCGGGUUACUUGAAUAGAAAAAUCAGUAGUUUUAGAAACUGUAGGAAUUGGAGAAGUAUUGAUUGAGAAUUAGGAGGGGGGAAAAAAUAAAUAAAUAAAAAAAAAAGAUAACUUAAAGUUGUCCUAAAUGGGAAAUUAAAUCAGCAUGGCGAAUUAAAGGAAACACACUAGAUCACACUGUUUACCGUUUCAGUGUAUGCUUUCUAGCUAAGCUUCGCAUUUUUAAAUGUAGGUUUAUUUUAAUUUUUGCUUUUGUAAGCCACAUAGUUGCCCAGUGUUAACCUUAAUGUCAUUGCAUGCACACUUUUGACUGUUUCCUAUGUGGUUUUACACGUGGCAUUUACCUAGGGUUUUAUCUUCUUAGUUUUCUGAUUUUAUUUUGAAAAUGUUUGGCACCAGUCAGAGGACUGUGCUGGGGGACAGUAUCCAGAAACAGGAAAAUUCGCUAUCAAGACGAAGAGAAGCUGAAAAACACACUCUGGAAAACCAGGAGAAUGUGAAUCCCAAAGCCUUAAACAGGACGGUUUUGGGAGUUUUGCAGACUAAUCAGCAGAGCAGCAGAGUCCAGUCACUACGCGCCACAAAACAGGCUGCCUCCUGCAAUGAUGAGAACUUUAGCCAGGUGCCAGUGGACAAAGUGGGAGCGAAACUGCCUGCUUUUACAAUCCAUGUGGAUGAGCCUGAUGGUGCCUGCAGUAAGAGACAAAAUGUCUUGGCAGUUAAACCGGAGUCCUACGAAUCUCGUAUAAAUCACCCAUUUGUGACAUACCUUGUGUCCCAGCAGCUGCUUCCUACCGUUGAAUGUUCUAUGGAUGUCAGCAAUGACUCUUCCAUGGUUCUGGACAUGUCUGUUAAUGAAGCAGAAGAAAAGGUGUCCACUGUAAAAGUCCCAGAUUAUUCAUUGGACAUACACAAAUAUUUGCGAGAAAUGGAGGUGAAGUCUAGGCCAAAGGCAGGUUACAUGAAGAAACAGCCAGACAUAACUAAUAGCAUGCGAGCCAUUCUUGUGGACUGGUUGGUAGAAGUUGGGGAGGAAUACAAGCUACAAAAUGAGACUCUCUACCUGGCUGUUAACUACAUUGACAGAUUCCUGUCAUCCAUGUCUGUCCUUCGAGGGAAACUGCAGCUCGUCGGGACAGCUGCUAUGCUUUUAGCAUCAAAAUUUGAAGAGAUCUACCCACCAGAUGUGGCAGAGUUUGUCUACAUUACAGAUGACACUUAUACCAAGAAGCAGGUUUUAAGGAUGGAGCAUCUUAUUUUGAAAGUCCUUUCUUUUGAUCUUGCUGCGCCAACGAUAAACCAGUUUCUUACACAAUACUUUCUGUAUCGGCAAGCGAACAGUAAAGUGGAAAGCUUGUCAAUGUUCCUAGGAGAAUUAAGCAUGGUAGACUCUGACCCUUUCCUAAAGUACCUGCCAUCUAUCACUGCAGCCGCAGCAUUCGUUUUAGCAAAUUUUACAAUUACAGGAGCUACUUGGCCAGAGUCCUUGGUUGAAUUGACUGGCUACACUCUGGAAAAUCUUGAGCCUUGCAUAAUGGACUUGUAUCAAACCUACCUCUCUGCACCACAACAUGGACAGCAAUCUGUACGGGAGAAAUACAAGGGUGAAAAGUACCACGGAGUAUCUCUUAUAGAGCCACCACAGAAACUGACCCUGGCUUGAAGACUUGUCAUUUAUUUUAUUGUAAUCCCAUGCAGACAUAUUUAGGACUUGUUCUGCCGUUUUUUAUAUUUUUAUACCAAUGUCACAACUGAAGACCAUGUUGCUUACUGGUAAUUCUAUUGUAAUUAAGAUGAAUAGAAGUGACAUUUUUUUCAAUUAAAUUUCAUUUUUAUGUGCAAUCCUACAGAAGCUCAUUAACAUCCCAAAGCAACAUAUUCAUCUCAUUACAAGAUAAUAUUGGGUUAUUUUACAGUUGCAUUGUCAAGGUUGCUGCUGAAAACCAGAUUAUAUCUGGUUUUCAGCAGCAAUGGGUGUCUGUCAAGCUGUGAGGUAUUUCCAUUAGUUCCCUAAACAUGGAAAUGAACUUGCAAUGGUGUCAGUUUGUGAAAGUUGAGGGGGCAGAUGACACGCGUUGAGUUCUGAAACCUUGUAUUAGUUUGAACAAAAUGUAAUCUAUAAUAUUGCUAUUGCCAUUUUAUGACCUAGAGACAAAGUAGAAGCAUACUGUAUUUAAUGUUAAACUAGUACAACCUAUUUCUUGUAUAGGCAAGACACUCGACCUCUACACUUUUGUACUCGUUUCAUUUAAAUGCAACCCCUUUUAAAGCAAAAUGGAGACUGAAUGGGAACAGUAACACAAGUGGUGUGAAUUACCAAUUAUAUUGCAAUAUUACCUUGUAAUAACGCAAUACAUAUGUCUUUGGCGCCAAUGAGCUUUUUUUUUUUUUUUUUGUGCAGCCCCUCCCUGUUGUAAGCAUUUAAUAAUGUUAGGAAUGUGUAUUCUAGUUGAUCCAAUUCAAACAUGUUUUAACCUGCAAAAUAAAAGUUUUAAAUUAGUUUUGUUGAAGUUUUAAGAGUGGAUUGCGGCCCCCCCCCCCCCC